GGCUCGCGCCACUUCCGCUUCCGCUGUGGGAAGAUGGCGGCGGCCGUGGCGGCCUGGGCCCUGCCGGUCACCUUUGGGCGGCUGGCGUCUGCAUGCAGCCGCAUCGUCCUGAGAGCGUCGGGACCCGGAGCCGCUUCCCUGUGGUCCGCUUCUCGGAGGUUCAGUUCACAGAGCGCUUCAUCUCCACAAGGAUACGUUCCUAAAACCUCACUGAGUUCACCACCUUGGCCAGAAGUUGUGCUGCCAGACCCCGUGGAGGAGGCCAGACACCACGCAGAGGUCGUGGAGAAGGUGAACGAGCUCAUCGCCAGGGGCCAGUAUGGCAGGCUUUUCGCCGUGGUGCACUUUGCCAGCCACCAGUGGAAAGUCACCUCUGAAGACCUGAUUCUAAUUGAGAACAAGUUAGACAUUGCCUGCGGAGAGCGGAUUCGGCUGGAGAAGGUCCUGCUGGUUGGGGCCGACGACUUCACUCUCCUCGGCAGACCCCUGCUUGGAAAGGACCUUGUUCGAGUAGAAGCCACGGUCAUCGAAAAGACAGAAUCGUGGCCGAGAGUCAACAUGAGAUUUCAGAAAAGAAAAAACUACAAAAGAAAGAGAAUCAUCGUGAACCCGCAGACCGUCCUCCGGAUAAACACCAUCGAGAUUGCUCCCCGUCUGUGUUGACCGUCCAACUGAUAUUUAUAGAAAUAUAAAAAUAAAUCUGUUUUCUGAAGAGA